AACUCAGAGAAUCACUCAGAAGACUGCACACAAUUAAGAAGAGACGCCGAGUCGGAGAGACCAAUGUCAUCUCUACCCGUGCCAUACAAACUGCCUGUGUCCUUGUCUACUGGUGCCUGUGUGAUUAUCAAAGGGAGACCGAAACUCUCUUUUAUCAAUGACCCACAGCUGCAGGUGGAUUUCUACACUGGGACAGAUGAGGACUCAGAUAUUGCCUUCCACUUCCGAGUGCACUUUGGCCAUCGUGUGGUCAUGAACAGUCUUGAGUUUGGGGUAUGGAAGUUGGAAGAGAAAAUACACUAUGUGCCCUUUGAGGAUGGCGAACCAUUUGAGCUGCGCAUCUACGUGCGUCACAGUGAGUACGAGGUAAAGGUAAAUGGCCAAUACAUUUACGGCUUUGCCCAUCGACACCCGCCAUCAUACGUGAAGAUGAUUCAAGUGUGGAGAGAUGUCUCCCUGACCUCAGUGUGUGUCUACAAUUGAGGGAGACGA